AUGGUGACAAAAAAGGCUAGCCCUAUUUUUGCCUCUAAAGAGGAUAGCAAUUUUAGGGAAGCAUUGUCGUUGUACGACUCCAAACAAUACAAAAAGGCACUUAAAUUAGUUGAUGCCAAUUUGAAGAAACAUUCCAAUCAUGCUGAAUCAUUAGCGUUGAAGGGAUGUAUAAUAUUUCAAACAAAUGGCAAUAAAGACGAUGCCAGAUCAUACAUUGACCGAGCAGCAGCAAAAAAUCCAAACAAUUAUUUAGUUGAUCAUUUGAUAGGGUUAUAUUACCGUGCCAAUGAAAACUAUGCAGAAGCUGCCAAAUGGUUAUCUGCAGCCAUGGAAAAUGGAUCAACCAACAAAGCAAUUUUACGUGAUUUAUCAUUUAUGCAAAUUCAUAUUAGAGAUUAUAAAAACUUGAGAGAUAGCAGACAACAAUAUUUGGAACACGCCCCUGGCUAUAGGGCCAAUUGGACCGGGGUUGCUGUGGCUCAUCAUUUAAACAAAGAUUAUGCAUCAGCCGUGGGGACUUUGGCAAAAAUUGAGGAUAUCAUUAAAGACCACUUGACAGAAAGUGACAUGUAUGAACAAAGUGAAUGUGUUUUGUAUAAAAACCAAUUGAUUGGUGAACUGGGUGAUUUUGCCAAGGCAUUGGAUGUCUUGCAGAAGGAUGAUAAUAGUAUUAAGGAUAGAUUAUCUUUCUUAGAAUACAAGGCCAAGUACUUGUUGUUAUUGGGUCAAAAAAAGGAAGCAUCCUUGGUUUAUCGAGAAUUGUUAAAGAGAAAUCCUGAUAAUGUUUCGUACUAUAAUUUAUUGGAAACUGCAUUAGGUACAACUACACAAUCACCUGAAAUUAGAUAUAAAUUAUAUCAAAAAUUGAGCAAAUUCUAUCCUCAUUCAGAUCCACCAAAGUUUCUCCCCUUGACUUUUUUACCUUCAGAUAGUUCUUUAUUUGAAAAGGCUGCCAAGGAUUACAUUAUCCCUCAAUUAUUACGUGGUGUCCCUGCUACAUUUGUCAAUGUCAAACCCUUGUAUAAAAACCCAGCAAAAUUGAAGGUCAUUGAAUCUAUUGUUAAAGAUUUUUAUGAACACGAUGUACCAAAAGUUUCUAACCCAACAGUCAAAGUGUGGACGUGUUAUUAUUUUGCUCAACAUUAUUUGUAUCAAAAUGACUUGACACCAGCAUCAAAAUAUAUUGAUAUAGCCAUUGAACAUUCACCAACAUUGGUUGAACUAUACAUUAUUAAGGCAAGAAUUAUUAAGCACCAAGGAGAUUUUGUCAAGGCUAGUGAUGUAAUGAAUGAAGGAAGAUUAUUGGAUUUACAAGAUCGUUUUAUCAAUUCCAAGUCAACAAAAUAUUUGUUGAGGGCUAAUAAGGUCAAUGAGGCAAUUGAUUGUAUAUCAUUAUUCACCAAAUUGGAUGAAAAUGCUGUUAACGGUUGUAAAGAUUUACAUACUAUGCAAGCUAAUUGGGUUUUAGUUGAAUCGGCUGAAGCAUAUUCAAGAAUCUACCAUGAUUAUCAGACCCAAUUGAACCAACUCCAAAAGAGUAUUGACAAUGAUAAGGAACAAAAUGAUGAAUCAUUUAAUGAGAUUGUUGAGAAUACUGAAAUCUACCGUGGAUUGGCAUUGAAACGUUUCCAUGCUGUUUUGAAGAAUUUCGAUAUAUUUUAUAAUGAUCAAUUUGAUUUCCACUCCUAUUGUUUGAGACGUGGUACACCAAGAGAUUAUAUCGAUACUUUGAAAUGGGAGGAUAAGAUUCAUACUACUCCAAUAUAUACCAGAGCUUUAAAAGGUUUAUCUGAAUUAUAUUUUGAAAUCUAUGAAGAGCAACAACAACAACAGAAAUCUAAGGCUGAUGAAAAUGAUGCAGUUGUGGUUAAAAAGAAUAGUAAGAAGCAAAAGAAGGCCAAGUCCCAACUUAAUAAGAAACGAGCUGAAUUAGUCAGUAAAGUUGAGAGUGAAAAGGAUGAUGCUGAUCCAUUUGGAAUUAAGUUGUAUCAUGAUUUAAUUGAAAAGGAUGUUUUGGAAUCCUUAUUUGAACUUUUUAAACCAUUGAGUGAAGAAGGUAAAAACUUGCGUUUGACAUGGGAAGUCUUGUUUAGAAUUUAUUUAUUACAAGGCAAGUAUGUUUUAGCAUUACAAGCCAUCAAAAGCUUGAAUAAGAUUUUAACAAGAGGUGAUCUGGACAAGAAAUUAAAACAAAUUGGUGAAAUGGUAUUGGAGUUGUCAACCACGGUGACUAAUGAUUCUAAUGCCAACGUUGCCAUUGUGAAAGUGGUUGAAAAGGGGUUGAAUAGUGCAUUCCCGGAUUUUGAAAAAUUAUCCUGUGACGAAUUUGCCAAACUAUAUAAUCAAUAG